UAAAAUUGUAUUAUUUGAGAUAUUAUUUUGCUGUAAAGUAAAAACCUAUUGGAAAAUCAUUGAACAUUAAAUACGUUCAAAUUGUGAUGUGAAAUUAUACCAAGUGUAUUGCUUGCUUGGAUGCUUUCGUUUAUAAAAAUAAAGCAACUAACUACAAUAUUACAUAGUAAUAAUGAUUCCCUGCGCGAUGUAUUGUAUUUUUUGGAAAUUGUUGUUGGUUUAAAAUGUAACGUGUAAAUAACAUUCUAACGUUCUAUUUUCUGUUUAUUUAUUUAACAAUGUAUACGAAUCUUAAAACAAUUGCAGAUGAGUCUAAGACUAAUCAAUCGUGGGCUUCGAUUCGUGACGAGAACUUUCAGUAAUAUGUCGUUCCCUGAUUCACCUGCGAAAGCCUCAAUAUGUUGCGAAGUGCUGGAAGGUGCGCCACCAACGUAUGCUAUGUACGAAGCCCUAAAGGAUUCCUGUCAGAAUAACGCUACAUAUUUUCAACCUGAUGAAAGUGAGAAUGGUCAACGGCUGUACCAAGGAUUUAUAACUCUGAUAGAUCACAUUGAUAAUGUUUGGCCUCUUGUUGACCAUGUUAGAAAGGUGGCACCAUCAUAUGACUUUGAUGAAAAAUCUCCAGGCAAUGGAUAUAGAAGUUUCGUAUCAGUUGUGGAUUCUUGCAUCCUACAUGGCCUUAAACUUAGCAGACAAGUUUGCUCCGGACGGGAUGCAUUGUUAUUUAGAAAAGGAUAUUUUGUUAAAGAAGUGGAAUCAUGUGGACAACUCUUGGCAUCGCUGGGCACGUGUCUUCAUCAUCUCCACACCUUAAUUUCAUGGGCACCUCCUGGAGACCUGUUUCCUGUUGAGUCACACUCGCCGGAAGAACUUUUCUCUAAGGCAGACACAAUAAAUCAGUAUUGUUUUUAUGGGAGAUGUCUAGGUUUUCAGUUCGCCCCAUCCAUACGCGGGAUUCUCAAGGGAAUAUCGAUAUGCAUGGCCGGCUUCUCGGAAGCUUACUACAGCCAAGGCAAUCUGAUAAGUUCGGUGUGGACGGGCGGGCAGUAUUUGAUAGAUCCCGAACUCCGGGCCAGAAGGAUUGUCAAUAUAUCGCAGUCCGCCAGCGUGGAGUUCUGCAAGGCCUUCUGGUUCCUCACCGAGAGUGAAAUAAUGCGGCGAGUGCCGAGCCUGAUGUCGACCACGGUGGCGGUGAACAAGUUGAUAACGAUAACGCCUCAGCCCCUCGUGGUGGCGACCGUGGACGGCGAAGAGAGGACGGUUCUUCCGCCCGACUCGCACAUCGGCCUGCACGACCUCAACGUCAGGCUCAUCAGCGUCAACAAGAGGAACGGGAUGACGAACGAAAGCUCCACUCUUCCGGCGGCGGACGGCGUGAUAUUCCACUGCCACGGAGGAGGAUUCGUGGCGCAGAGUUCCAAAUCGCACGAGAGCUACCUGAGGGACUGGGCGGCCAAGCUCAACGUGCCCAUUGUGUCCGUGGACUACAGCCUCGCUCCGCAGGCGCCCUUUCCCAGGGCCUCGGAGGAGGUCUUCUACGCCUACUGCUGGCUCUUGAACCACCUCGGAGAGGUCGGCACCACGGGCAAACGAAUAGUUUUCGCGGGCGACUCGGCCGGGGCCAAUCUCCUCGCGGGCUGCAUUCUUCGAAUACUGGAAAGCGAGAUUCGGGUCCCGGAAGGCCUGUUCAUGGCCUACGCCCCUCUGCUCGUCAGCUUCAUCCCGAGCCCCUCGAGGCUCCUCUGCCUCAUGGACCCUCUGCUGCCUUUCGGCUUCAUGAUGCGGUGUCUCAAAGCAUACGCGAGUCCCAAUUCGAAGAGCAAAGAAGAGAAACGCCCAAAGGAAGCGACUUCAUCGAGCGCGACCACGCCCAUAGACGGAAACGGCUUCCUCCGAGUGAGCCCGUCGCAGGGCCUCAGCGAGUCCUCGUUCGAGGAGGUGUCUCCGUCGGACCUGCUGGAGCUGCAAGCGCAUAAGUCCCAAGGCAGCCAGAGGAGGCACUCCGGGGACACCACGGCCAGCGCCGCUUCUCUGCAGAGCGAGCACACAGCCACUGGUGUCAGUCCGUCGGAGGAGAGGUCCCAAAAGUGCGUGUCGGAGCUGCUGGACAGAUACGUGUUCGACAGCGACACUGACAGCGAAGGACGAAGGGGCAAAUGCACCAGUCGCGGAGGUGAAUCCGAAACUUCCAGCACUCUGGUGGGAGAGCCUCCUCUGGUGGUCGACGGUGAGGGAGAGCAGAAGAAAAGCGGCAGAUCACGCAUCGGAGAGGCGGCGUCGGGCAUAAUGGGGGCCAUGUCGUCCCGUUUCGCCGCCAUGAAGGACUCCAACGCCAUCUCGGGGCCCACGCAGGAAGAAAUGGCAGUGCGGUCGAACCUAGACUCCCUGAUAGCCAGGAGUCCCUCGGACGAGUUCAUGUUCUCGGUGCCCCGAGACCCCGUCCUGUCCCCUUACUGGGCCGAGGACCGGUUGCUGAAGAGGUUCCCGCCCCUGAGGAUUCUGUCGGUGCACAUGGACCCGUGUCUGGACGACUGCGUGAUGUUCGCGAAGAAACUGAAACGUCUGGGCAACGAGGUGGAGAUCGACGUCGUCGAAGGAUUGCCUCACGGCUUCUUGAACCUGUCUCUGAUGGCGAAAGAGGCCAACGACGCAUCCCUCCAGUGCAUAGAGAGAAUAAAACAAUUACUGGACGCGGAAGCGCCAUCCGAUAAGUUAUGAACGGAUUACGGAACGACCUUCGUCUAGUGUUUAGGCUUCGUUGCCUCUUGAAGCGACGGAAACGUUUGAGCGAGCGGUUAUUGCCAAAGUGCAUAGAAAUACUAAAAAUCACAAAUAUGCCAUUUCAAAUUUUAUUAUUUUCAAAGCCGACAGAAGACGUAGUCAUCAAAUGUAUCAAUAAUCACACUCGCUUUCUUUUAAUACUUCGUUAUCUACAAAAAAAAAUAGUUAAUUACUAGUAGACAUUCCCGAUUGUUGUUACACUAAAGAGAAUUUAAAAGCAAAUACGUAUAUUAUAUCUAAAUAAUUAUGUUUAGAGUUCAUAUACAGAGAUAUAAUUAUUGAAGAUUAAAGGAAUAGUAAUAAGUUAUAGAGUAUAAAAAUUGUCUAUGAUAUGUCGAAAGGACCAGAGGGUAUUGAAACAUAUAAAAAAUAGUCCAAUAAGAAGAGAAAUUAAGUUUGUUGCUCAGUGUUAAGCAUUUAAUAUUUUUUUAUUGUUCAAAAGUACAAAGAUACUCCAUAUGUCAUGUUUGUUUGAGAUUUUAAGAAUUGUGUAUGUUUGGUUAUGUUAUGGGCAUACUAGAUUUAAAUAUCCAAAGAGAUAGUUAUAAAUACUCAAAAUGCAAACACCAUGAAUUUUUAUUACGGCUUAUUUGACUUGGACAGAUUUAGGAAUACAUUUUCUCCGUCCUUCAUUCGAAACACAUGCAUAUUUAUAAAUUACUAAAUACUUUGGGAUAUUUGGUUAGAUUAACAUUAAGGAUCGUUCAAGUAUUACGUACGUCACGCAAUUCCCCCCCCCCCCCUGCAUGUAACGUUUUUCUGUACCCAAUAGUAAAACGUUUCGUUACCACCCAGUGGCUCAUUAAACCUUAAAGUUGCCAUUUAUGUGGUGUAAAGUAUCGAAAUAUCGAAAAAUAAUAUAAACAAUAACGCAUAAUUCAAUCCUCGCCCCGCUUUAGCCCAAACCCCCAAGGCCCCCCCCUCAAACGUCCUUACCUAAUACUUGAACGCUCCCUAACUGUUGAUUAGAUUUUUAUGGGUUAAUAUAACUUUCACAGAAAACCUUGAAAAGAAAGGAAUUAAAGUUCAAUUACUUGUACGAGACACCUCGUUUAACGGUUCUAUUUUAACGGUUCUAUUUUAACGUAUGUACUUAACGUUAAACGAACAAGGUGUAAGAGAUUUUGGUUCUCGUUAAGUUGGAUUAACCUUAGAUCAAAUUAGAUUUGUUCUAUAAAUAUGCCUAAAUAAUUUUGCCGCCUCUUAAAAAUAAGUUACUGUUAGUCUCUCAGAAUUCCUCCUUUUUGAUCUUUACAUAGGUAACUUUAUUAAUAUAUUUGCUAUGGAACAUAACAUUCUAUCUUUUAUUUACAUAAGCUUUUUAUUAUGAAUGACAUAAAUAAAGCAAUUAUAGGUGUGAUAAUAUAUUAAAUUAUUAUGUAUUCUGUGAUAGUAUGCUUUUAAAAAGCAGACAGUAUUCAAAAAGUGCUGCAAGCUAGUGAAUUUUGUGUGCAAUAAAAUGAACACCAAUAGACAUUGUAGUUCACAAAAGUAGGGUCAUGUUUUAUUAUUAUUAACUGGUGACUUAUAUGUUUGUAUAACCGAUUUUUUCUAUUCCUUUGGUCAAUGUUUUGGAUCUUGUGGCAAAUCAAUAUGAUGGAAAUGGUACCUUCAGUGGUGUAUAAAAAUAACAAUUAAUCUUUAAAUUGUUAAUGUAUUUAUUUAAUGAACUUGUUUUUUAAAUAUGCAUCAGUAAAUUAAAUUUUAGUUAAAUUUUGUUUUAGCAUGAAUGUCAAGUCGGACAACAUUUUGUUAUCUAAAUGUUUUCAAAUUUAUUUAAAUUUUUUAUGUGCUGAUUGCAGAAGUAAAAUCAAUAAAUUAUAAGUUACC